AUGACCACCCUCGCCAACAAGAUUACCGCCACUCUCCUCGCGCGCUCCUCGACCCUCAUGAUGCCCUCCGGCUCCGCUCCGGCGCGCCGCUCAUUGCGGAUCCGGCAGGACGACCACCGCCGCCGGCCGGCAAUGGUGUCUUCUUGCUCUUCAAGAGGAGGGUCGGGACGGCAGGAGGAGGAGGAGACUCCGCUGGUGGUGAUCGUGGGCGCCACGGGCACCGGCAAGACGAAGCUGUCCAUCGACGCGGCGCGCGCCGUGGGCGGCGAGGUGGUGAACGCCGACAAGAUCCAGCUCUACGCCGGCCUCGACGUCACCACCAACAAGGUGUCCCUCGCGGACCGCCGCGGCGUCCCGCACCACCUCCUGGGCGCCCUCCGCCCCGACGCCGGCGCGCUCUCGCCAGCCUCCUACCGCGCCCUCGCCGCCGCCACGGCCGCCUCGGUGGCCGCCAGAGGCCGCGUCCCCGUCGUCGCCGGCGGGUCCAACUCCCUCGUCCACGCGCUCCUCGCCGACCGCCCCCUCGACGCCGCCGACCCCUUCUCCGAGGAUCGGUUGCCGCGGUACCGCCCGGGCCUCCGCGUCCCGUGCUGCGUCCUGUGGGUGGACGUGGACGCGCCGCUGCUGGCCGAGUACCUGGACCGGCGCGUGGACGACAUGGUGCGCGGCGGCAUGGUGGAGGAGCUCCGCGAGUACUUCGCGGCGACCACCCCCGCCGAGCGCGCCGCGCACGCGCCCGGGCUGGGCAAGGCCAUCGGCGUGCCGGAGCUGGGCGAGUACUUCGCGGGGCGGUGCAGCCUCCGCGCGGCCGUCGACGAGAUCAAGGCCAACACGCGGGUCCUCGCCGCGGUGCAGGCGUCCAAGAUCCGGCGCAUGGCGGAUGGGUGGGGCUGGCCCGUCCAGCGGCUCGACGCGUCCGCCACCGUCCGCGCGCGGCUGGCCGGCGCCGGACACGCCGCCGAGGCCGCCUCCUGGGAGCGCGACGUGCGCGGACCCGGCCUCGCCGCCAUCCGGGCAUUCCUCGACGACGAAGCAUCCCUCGGCGAUGACGCCAACACCAGCAACGCGAGGGUGGAGGAGCCGACGGCGCCGCCGCCGCUGCUGAUGCGGUUGCCGCGGAUGCAGUGCUGCGACAUGGUGGUGUGAAGCAGCUGCUUUUCGUUCUUCUGGGGCAGAGAAAGAAAGAAGAAAGGGUGGGGGCUUUUGGACUGGAGGGUUUUUGGGAGGCUGCCCUCCGGCCGAGUCUGACACUGCCCGGUGGGGCCAGCCAUGGACACCGUGAUCGAGAGCACACAGGGAGAUAGCCUAGCUAGUGUAAAAAGAGAGAUGCCAGCCGGGGGUGCGUGUAACUUAUAUUUACUGAAGUGAAGAGAAGGGUGUGAGUGAAUUCUUUUCUUCUUACGUAAUGUGGUCUUCGUCUGUUUCCUAACUGCACCACCACUACACUGUAUCUGUAAGUAUGCAGUCGUCAUGUAAUGUACCAUCAC